AUGUCGUCCCUAGAUGGCACUCCGACAGCCUCACUGCCGUUCGUCUCGGUGAGCGGUGUCCCUAACUUUCGCGACAUCGGAGGCUAUGCGUGUUAUCCUUCAAGUUUAGCAUCUCCGACCCGGGCCGUCGAUGAAACUCAAGUCGGAGGGUUGCGCAUUCGGCCAGGAUUCCUUUUCCGUGCCGCACAGCCCUCUCAGAUCACCCCAACAGGGAUCGAAGAACUGACUAAGACACUACGUGUUCAAACAAUCUUCGACUUUCGCUCAACGGGGGAAAUCCAGCUCGUGACUACCCGCUAUCCUGACUCCUUCCUCGACAUCCCAGGGACGACGCGCCACGCAGUACCGGUAUUCCAAGAUGGCGACUACUCCCCCGUUUCGCUGGCAAAGCGCUACGGAGUAGCCUCUGGUGGCGUGACGCGGGACCAGGUUUCCGAACGGGGUUUUGUGAAAGCUUACGAGGACAUUAUGCGCAACGCAGCGCGUACCGGUAGUUUCCGCGCUGUCAUGCUGCAAAUCCUGCAGGAUCAGAGCGGUCCGAUCCUAUUUCACUGUACAGUGGGAAAGGAUCGCACUGGAGUCUUUGCCGCACUGGUCCUGAAGCUGUGUGGAGUCGCGGACGAAGAUGUCGUGGCUGAUUACGCGCUGACGACACACGGGCUCGGUACGUGGCGGGAUCAUUUGAUCCAGCGGCUCUUACAGAGAGACGACGCUCUGAGUCGAGAGCAGGCGGAAAAUAUCAUAGCAAGCCACCCGGACGACAUGCGCGCGUUCUUGACUGGGAUUGUAGCAGCCAAGUUUGGAGGAGCGCGGAGAUACUUUGUUGACCUCUGCGGGCUGAGGGAGGAUGAACUCGAUCGGAUUAUUACCACACUUGUUAUCAAAAAGUAA